AGCGAUCGCGAGGCCGAAAUUGGCAUCCCGUUUUGUUAUUCGAAAUUGUGCUCCUCGAAAAGUGUUAAUUUUUGGUUUAUUUGCCACCUUCUUUCUCGCAAAACGUAACCGUUCAAUAGUAAAGAAAUUUCCUAUCCAUAGAAGUGUUUAAAAGUGCACAGCGAUGUCGUUCAACUUUGGAAAUACGAGCACUACUGGACUGGGAUCGACGAGCACUCCGGCAAAGCCUGGCUUCGGAAACUUUAGCUUCGGAGCACCACAGGCUUCGACGCCGGCUUUCGGUGCUACCCAGACGGUAACAAGUACCGCGCCUUCGCUGUUCGGUGGCCAAGCUGCCAAUACCACAACCAACACGGCUUUCGGAGGAUUUGGGGGAGCCACGGCUCCCACGGCCGCCAGUACUUCGGCGUUCUCUUUCGGAACUAAUACUGCACCGGUAGCUGCGGCAGCGCCAGCUUUCGGAGGAUUUGGAACGGCAGCCACCUCAACGGCAGGUGCGACUGGCUUCGGAGGAUUUGGGGCGACUGCUACAACUUCAGCUGCAACCGGAUUUGGAGGUUUUGGAACAACGGCGACUACUAGUGCUCCCGCCUUUGGCGGAUUCGGAGGAUUCGGAACAACCACAACCAGUUCGGCUCCGUCCCUAUUUGGACAGACAAACACUAAUACCAACACCGGUUUCGGAGGUUUUGGCACCUCGUUUGGAGCAGGAGCUUUUGGCCAACAACCGGCCAACCCGGGGCUAGCUUUUGGGCAAACGUUCCAGCAACAGCAGCAGCAACAACAGCAGCAACCUGCCCUCACCCCGGAGGAAGCCUUCGCCCAGUCAAUUUUCAAUGUUUCGAUCUUUGGAGAUGAACGCGAUACGGUUAUCGCCAAAUGGAACUACCUUCAGGCCAUGUUGGGCACCGGUAAAGCCUUCUACUCGCCUACAAAUCCUCCGGUGGAUAUCACAUCUAGUAACUACCUUUGUCGGUUUAAAACCAUGGGCUACACAAAGUUACCCGGGAAGGAAAAUAAAGCUGGACUCGUUGGUCUCACCACGAACAAAUCUGCCGGUCAAGUAAAGGAUCAGCAGCAGCAAUUCGUUACCAGCCUUGGUCAAAUUUUCGGCAGUAAACCCAAUUUGGCAAUAACCGUCGAUAGUAUCAAAUCCUUGGGAGAAAAUAAGUGUCAAAUCAUAAUUUAUGUUGAGGAAAAGUCCACCACUUCCAACGAAACGAAACGUGUCCUAGCUACGGAAGUUUCCAACUAUCUCAAUCAACCGACCCCGAAACAACAGCUUUCCACCCUUGGUGUGGAAUCAGUCGUCGCACUCGUUCUUCCCGAAGAAGAUCAACUGAAAGAAUAUCUCGACAAUCCACCAAAAGGAAUCGACCCGCGGAUGUGGCAACAAGCCAAAAUCGAUAACCCCGACCCUAAGCGAUUCAUACCGGUACCCAUGGUAGGCUUCCAGGAUCUCAAGUGGCGCAUCAAGUGCCAGGAAGGUGAAACAGACAUCCACAUAUCCUACCUGGACAAGGUCGAAAAGGAAAUAGCUCAACUGAAACAGAGACACACAAAUACCACUGCCAAAAUUAUGGAACAUCGUCGCAAAUUCGCCGAGCUAAGCCAUCGAAUCCUCAAAAUCAUUGUCAAACAGGAAAGCACCCGCAAAAUGGGUCUGUCACUUUCGCCCGAGGAGGAAAUCAUUCGUAGCAAGUUGGAAAAUAUGCAUGCCCUAGUGUCCACCCCAACGCAGUUCAAGGGCAAGCUGAGCGAGCUACUUUCGCAGAUGCGCAUGCAACGGAACCAGUGGGCCCAUACCGGUGGGGUUAACGAGUACACGCUUGAUAAAGAAUCUUCUGAGGAAAUGAAAAACUUUUUGACCAUGCAACAAAAAGCGAUGUCCUUUCUGGUGGAGACGGUCAACAAAGAUCUCAAGGAUCUGAAGAUCAUUUCCGACGGUAUGUCUCGAUUGAUACAAAGCUAAACGGCUGUCUCUGCUAAGCUGAUGGUGAGUACGUCUUUUUUUUUUUAUUUCCAAUUCAAGCUAUUCUCACGAUAUGAAAUUAUGAUGCACAUUAAAUUGUUAUUGUCAGUACAUAAAAUA